GCCUUGCGCCUUCGGAUCAAGAGCUGGACCACAGCAGUUGACUGCUGAGUGUUGACCGGCGCGGAUGGUCGCUUAUUCAAAAGAAAAGAAUCGCGCGUUGGAACUUUAGUGCGGUACAAUGAUUCGGUGGAAAUUGAUGCUGGCGGCGGUGCUAUCUGCUUGGUGCUGGGUGGUUGUUCUGGGGGCGAACUAUGAGAUUAAAAGAUCGGAGUACAACCGGAUGCCGCGAUUGUUCGAGUACGAUCACUACGAUGAUUGUCUCUAUAGUGAUCCGGAAGAAGUGAAGGCGACGUACUGUCUGGUUCGGGCGGUGAUCAAGCCCGAUAACGGGUCGGAGUUGUGGCGAUUGAUUGAGAAUUUUUCCAGUAAUCAGAAGAUGGUUUUGAAUCAUGCGGCUCUUGAUCGGGGGAUUUGUAUCACUGAUUCGGACAGAACGGAAAUGCUGGGAGGUGAAAAUGCAAGUGAAUUGAUUGUGCCGAAGUUCGACAUUGAUUUUCCGUAUAGAAUCAACUAUAUAACGUUUAGGAAUUCUGAUGCAUACAAGCAAAAUUACUCUGAUAUUAUCAACAUUAUGGUCAACAAAGAUCUCACAGAAACAUAUGGACUUAAAGCCUAUACAGAAAUCGAAUAUUGCGAUCGAACUGGAGUGGACGAUUUCCCCAUUGACACUCUGGACAUCGCAUUCAUGGUCAUCAUGGCGGUUCUGAUCAUUCUGGUGGUCCUAUCGUCGUGCUACGACAGCCACUGCAAGGUUGGCUUCGGUCUCAAUCACUACCGAGAGGAUCUACCCACUCCAAGAUCCAGUCUGCUGGCUUCGUUUUCGAUGAUACGGAAUUGGUACCGGCUGACGUCCCGCUCCCGUGACCAAAUCAAUCGAGAGCUUCGGCCAAUCCAAUCGGUUCGGUACCACAGCUUUAUCUUGACGCUGAUCGGGCAUGCGUGCCUGAUGGUGCAACCCCGCACGGGAUGGGUCCUGGAGCAGAAGUAUCGGGAGCUGCAAACGAUGAUCAUCGUGAAUGGCUUCCAGAUAAUAUCGACCUUCAUUUUAUUGGGUGGAUUCGUAUUCACCGUGAUGUUCAUCCAGAAGAUCAACGAGUCGGGUAGGAAGCCCGGAUUUUUUGAAAUUAUUUUGAUCACCGUGAAUCGAUAUAUUCGGUUAACUCCGGUGUAUGCGCUAGUGCUUCUGUUCGAGGCUACGUGGUUCGUGCGGUGCUAUGACGGUCCAUUCUGGCGCAGAGCUGCGGAAACGGAACUCACGUUCUGUCGGCGAAACUGGUGGACCAAUAUGCUCUACAUCAACAACUACUACACACAGGAAGAACCAUGCUUGCAGCAUUCCUGGUAUCUGGCGUGCGAUUUCCAGCUGUCGUUCAUUGGGUUGCUUUUGGUCACCGCUGUACUGAGAUUCCCGAAGAUGAAGAUGUUCCUGCUGACGUUGGUGACCAGUGUUGCGGCAGUGAUUCCGGCCAUCGUGGUCUACAAAAAUGGCUUUGAAGGCGUGACUAUCUUUUCACCUGAAGCAAGACGAUUUGUUUUUCAAUACGACGAUGGUUACAUAAAAACCUAUCUACCCACUCAUAUGUAUCUCAUCCACUAUUUAAUAGGAAUUAUCUUUGGAUUGCUGUACUUCAAACUGAAACAGAUCAAUUACAAACCAAAACCAGUUGUGCUGUACCGAGCCAUUUGGUAUUUACUCUACCUUAUCGGCAUUGCCCAGUGCUUCGUAGGCGUAAUUUUCUACAGGAACGACUUUCCCAAACCCUCGCUCUGGAUGUCGAUAUACGCCGCUGUCUCUCGGAUAGUUUGGGCGCUCAUCAUCGGGUUCGGUAUGAUGGGUUUCGUCUACCGAAUCAGCAAAGCCUUCGUCCGGUUUACCAACAUCCGGAUCUUCGAAGUCUUCGGGCGACUGACGUACGGUGCUUACGUGGGACAUUUCUUCAUCAUUAAAAUCAUGUUCUACAACGUGCGCGAGCCGUCCGAUAUGAGCGUUUUCGAAAUUACGACAAAAAUUCACGCGACCAUAUACCUCUCGUAUAUGCUGUCGCUGUUUUUGACCUUGCUGGUCGAACUGCCCGUGUCGGCAAUCCAGAAGCAGCUGCUGGGCAGUUUAAUGAAGCCCAAACGGAAGGACCAGAACGGAAGAGAGCACAUUUCCAACGGCGUAAAGAAGGAUUCACUGAACGGCGGAUUUACUAGCAAUGGAUUCAAGGGAACAUUUCGGGGAAACAUCAACUAGAUAUUAAGCUGGAAAGACUUCUUCAGAUUCAUCAGAUCAUUUUUAUAUUUAUAAACAUUAUUCAAAAUUGAUGAGAGUGUUUUCGUUGUUGUGUGU